CCGCCAGGCAGGCGGGGAUUUUUCCGGCUCUGCAAGGUCUCAGAGCCAACCUCUAGCUAUCACGCCUCCGGCGGGGAUCGGUCCCAUUUAGCCAGGAUGAAAGGGGCGUGGAGAAACGAUAUUCGUUCGGCCUUACCGUUCCGUAACAUUCGUGAGCUGACUCUGUGCUGGGGACACCCCGGUGGCUGAGACAGCCCCAGUCUCCCUACUUCGGAGCUCACAGUUCAGUGGGGACAUAGACGCAUCACCAGAUUGCCCUCCUCAAGCCAAGGUCCAUGGCUACUGGGACUGAUCCCAGGGACCUAGAGUCCAGGGUUGCUCCAGUGCAACAGGUUAUCCCAAUGCAGAACAUCUACCCGAUGCAGCCAGUCAUCCUGAUGUCCUUGGAUCCCCCAGAAAAGGAUUAUUUGGUUCUCGCCGUCAUUUCCAUCUUCUUCUUCAUUCUGCUGGCAAUACCAGCCCUCUUGUUCUCCAUUAAGGUGGGCACCACCCAGCUACCACCAACUCCCAUUUUCCCCAGCUCCACCUCCUCUGUCCCAUCCCACCUCCCUACUCUCCCCGGGUCCUUCUCUUUUUCCUCCUGGGGGAUUUACUCCCUCCCUCUUCACCAUCUUGCUGCCCUUGCUUCUCCCCAGGACCCCCACACCUCGUUCCUCCUCCUCCUGUGUUCUACCCACAUCCACAUGCCCUCAUCCUGGCUCCCUUCUUCCUUCCUUUUUCCCCUGAGGGGCUGAACCUUGCCCUUAGCUCCCUCACACUGCUAUUCCUAUCUUGCACUCUCUACCUCUUCCCAGGGAUGCCCCUCCUCCACCUCCCUCCUCCUUGGAAAUACUUCCACCAGCUUGCCUUCAUCCCCACAGACCCGUGAAGCCAACCUCCUUGGGAAUCAGAGGAAAGCACGGAUAAAUUCCAGACUGGCCUUGGGCUUCAGUAUCUCAAGCAUCCUGGUGGGCUCCUCUGUGAUCAUUUGCUCCAUUGUAGUCAGAGCCUUGAAGCAGAAAGUAUGAGAUCAUCUUGAAAGCUCACUUCCCUCAGAGAGUGAUGGACUGUACCUCCUGGGUCCUCUUGGAGCCUUUGAACUUGAACAUCAGUAACUUACCUGUACUGGGGGAAGUCUCCGCUCCAUCAGAUUUUUAAGUGCAACGGAGUCUAUGAGGAAGUUUCUGCUUUCUAUCAUCUACUGUAUGUAUGUGUAUGUGCACACGUGUUCACAUGCCCCUGUGUAUCCACUACACUGAGUACCAUGGGGCUUAUUCAUAUAUUCAGUGAACAUUUAUUGGGCAACCAUUCUACUGUGCUAGUGAUUCAGAUAGAUGAGGUAUUUGCCUCAUAAAGUUACACUCUAUAUUGAGAGGGCACAGGAAAAAGAGUAAAAUAUGAAGCAAUAAGAUAGUUCUGGGUCAGUGUUCUCUAAUAGAACAUUCAGCCAAUGAUAAAAAUGCUCUAAAUCCACUCUGUCCAAUACGGUUCCCACUAGCCACAUAUGGCCGUAUGCCAUUCAAGAAAUGUGGCUAGUGGAACUGAAGAACUCAAUUUUUAUGUAAAUUAAUUAUAACUAGUUUAAGUUAAUUUUACCACAUGUGGUUAGUGGCUACUGUCCUGGGCAGCACAGUUCGAGGUAGUGGUCAACAUUAUGAAAAAGAAUAAAAUUGGAGAAGCAGGAAAAGGACUUAAUGACAGAGUGGUGAAGGGAAGCCCUCACUGGGGAGCUAAUAUCUGAGCUGUGGCCUGAAGUGAGAGAAAGGAAGAAAGCCACAGAAAAAUCUGGAAGAGCAUUCUAAGCAGAAUAGCAAGUGCAAAGUCUCUGAGGCAGGAAGGAACCUGGCUUGUUCCGGGAGGAAAAAGAAGGCUUAUGGGGCUGGAGUGUAGUGAUGGGAGUGCUGCAAAGUAAGCUCAGAGGGUGGGCAGGAGGCAGAUCACAGAGAGCCUAGAAAAAAGGUCACAGGAAGAAGGUUGGAUUUUUAAAUGUGAAUUGAAACCAUUGGAGGUAUUAAACAGGGAGAACACAGGCUCUGGUUUCUGUUUUAAAUAGAUUGAGUUCCAUGCCUAAAUUGAAUGUAGAAGAUCUCUAAAUAGGUUCUGGUACCAACUUCAACUUUGGGGGUGUGGUCUCUACACCAACAAGCAAUUCUCAGACACCAACUGGCUGUCCUACAAUUCAACUCAAUUCUGAUACUAUCUAUCUGGAUGUCACAUCAGCUUCCACAAGUUGAGGGCUCAGUCCUACAAGGCUGCCCUACUCCCGACCACUCCAGAUGCCAGUUGCAAGCCUACGUUGUUACCUGGGCUUCUGACCAAUCAGCCACAGAUUAAAACCACAAUGGGCUACCACUGUAUACCCAAAGAACAGCUAAAUUUGAUGUCAACAAGUUUUGACAGGAAUGUAGGAAUCCAUCUGUAUUCAUUAUUUGCAAAUAACAGAGAAGAAAACCCAUUCUUUGACAGAACAAAAAGCACAGGGUAGUGUUGACCUGAAACAAAUAGACUGCCAGAUAUUUCUCCAGCAAAGAUAGGUUUAUUCAGGGUCAGUAGAGAAUUGCAGUUGGGGUCUGCAACCAUGGUGAGGCAUGUGCAAGUUCCCAGAAUGCAAGGGAAGGGUAAUGCUUUUAUAGAGGAGAAAAGGAAGUUGAGAAGGCAAUAGUAAACAAAGAGCCCGUGGCUUUUCAUUGAUUAAGUCCUUGCCAGGAAAGAGGAGUCUGCUCUUCCCGUUGGGCUCCGCUAUUGACACAGGGCAUAAGAGCGCCCCCUUCUGGUCUCUCAGCUCUAUUGAAUUGAGGUUUCUUUUUAUCGAUCUUUUACAGUAGGCAGGUUCCAGACACAUGCACCAGGCACAAGCACCUAGCUGUUUUCAGCUUUUCUCCUAGUCUUGUCCUUAUGUCUGAUUUUGUGGACAAAGCAGACGUUAGACUGUAAUCCAAGGGAAUUUCACCAGUUGAGUAAGCCCCUGGAGGGAGCGUGAGGCGGCGCAGAGCUCUUGCAGUUCACUUCUACUUGUUGACACUCCACCAAGCAAUGGGUCUGCUCAGGGUUGUAUGUCAAACCCUUAGUGAGAUGGAGCACUGGGAAUGAUGGUCUCCCUGGGAUGUAGCCCACUGGCCAAGAGCCACAUGACCACCAGCCAUGGGAUCCACCAGGCAAGAAGUACACCAGCCAAGGAACCCUCUGCCGUGGAAGGGGUUCUCAGUCUUAACAGCCUAUGUUGGUGAUUUCGCUGGUACAAGGUGAGAACUGUUGGGCAGCAUGAUUUCUGCCUGUACCACCCCUGCCCCUUCCAACUUCCAUGCUUCGAGAGACUGAGGAGGGUGACUGCCUGACAUGUGAAGGGCAUUGAUGAGUCCAUCAUCUUGGGAGACAGACGUACAUGCACAGACAGAUAGAGACAUACUCAGAUCCCACAUGGCUUGUUCCUGGCUGACGUUUCCCAGGGACUUCUCUAUGCCAGAUGCACCCCCUUCCAUGCCCAAAUCCCACCACAGCCAAUGGACCCAGGGGUCAGGGCCCUGCCCCAUUCCUUCUAAGAAUGGAACUGUCAGGCUCUGUCCUCAGGCAAGGCAGAAAUCUUCUGCCUUCCACUCUCCAUUCUGCGUAGGGCACCUGGAGCAAGUCCACAACUUAAAUCAGAUUCUGUCCCUCCCUGGCUUAAACCCUCCCUGUUCCUGUGGCUCUUGGCCUCAAACCCAGAUACCUCCCCCAGGUGUCCAGCUCUCUCCUCCUGCCUCUCCACACUCUAGCUGCACAGUACUUGUUUCUGGAACACAUGACUCUCCUUUCCACCUCAGGACCUUUGCACUUGCACCCAACCCCCGCCUGGAACUGCCCAGAUCUUCUCAUGGCUGGCCCCUCAUCCAAGGUCUCAGCUUGGAUGUCCUCUCCCUAGACAGACCUCCCCUGACCCCCUCACUCCCCACCUCAUCUCAUGUCACCCUUCUGGUUCCCUCUCCCUUGUGUCCUAGUUACUCCCCAUAGUCUUGGAUCCUUUCUGAAAUCACUUGUUUAUUUAUUUAGGUUUUCACCCUCCCUUUCCCCAUCAUACCCAUGGACUGUGAACUCGAAGAGGGCUCUGAUUUUGUCUCUCUUGGUUGUUACUUGGCCCUCAAGAGCUGAGCACUGCCUGGUGGACUGUAGGCUCCCACUACUUUCAUGUUAAAACAAAAAAUUACAUCCUGCUCUUUGCACUUAUGGAACCUAUCAGAGAAUCAGUCCAGAAUUUACCAGCCUGUACUUGAGGCCUGCCCACUUCAUUCACUGAACCAAUCAUGAGUUCAAACUGGGACCGACAAUAACAAAAAGGCAAGUAGCUGAAACCGCACCUCUUUAUUCAUUGAAUCAGUCAUGAGGACAGGCAGAGAUUGGGGAGGAUGUGUUUAAGUAAUGCCUCCUUAAUACAUUGAACCAAUUGGAAACUGGGUCUAAAUGCUUGAAACACUGCCCUCCCUGCCUCCUCCGUGUCAGAGCAGCCAGUCACUGAAGCGGUCACCAACAGGGGCCACGCCCCUGUGACUCAACUCCAGGGCAGCCCCAGGGUUAGGAUGCGAGGACAGCUGUGGCAUUAACUGGGUUUGUGGAUGGUGAAAUAGUGGGAAGUUUGAGGGGACAGAGAGGGGCUCAGGAGAGGACAGCCAGAGCUAAAAAUGGGAUAGACAGGGGGCUAAUGGAUGUCUGGGUGUCCAGGAGGGAAUUGUAGGGUCCCAGGAAAGUGGUUUGGGGGGAAGGAUGGCAAGGAGGCUGGAGGUUAGGAGGGACUCAGAAAAGGUUAUGGGAGACAAAGAGAAGGUUACACAGGAAAAGGAGAGGGCAUGUGGAUAGGGAGGCUCUUGUGGGACAGGGAGAUGGUUAGGAAAGGACCAGGAGGAGGUUAUGGGGCCUCGGGAAGGGGCUGUGGGGGAGACGGGGAGGGAUUUAUAUGAAGAAAUGGAAGGGCUUAUAGGGUCAGGGCACAUCUAGGACAGAGGAGGAGUUACAGGAGGGGGUCCUAGGGAUCAAGAGUUAUGGGGAACAGGGAGUUGUAGCAGGCAGGAAAAGGUUAUGGGAAGAGGGAUGGGUAAUGGGGCAGGGAGCUGUUAGGAUGGUGUUACAGAACCUGGGAGAGGGGGAAGCGGGACUAGGACAGAGUUACAGGAUGAGGAAUAUGAGGCACGGAUUGCAGAAAGGAUUACAGAAGUGACAAAGAAGGUUACAGGGCUGCAGAGUCAGUAACGUCUAAAACAGUGGUUCUUAAAGCGUGGUCCCCAGCCUGCAGCAGCAGCUUCACCUGGGAACUUGUUAGAAAUGUGCGUUCUUGAGCCCUGCCCCAGACCUGUGGAACCAGCAACUCUGCGGAUGGGGUUCAGCUAUCAGUUUUCAUCCAGGUGACUCUGUUGUAUGCUCAAGUUUGAGCAUCACUGGGCUAAAGUGACUUAAUGUAACAUCCAAACUGAGCACUUUUUAGACUGAAAGGGGCGCCUUCAAUAAUUUGGUAGGACCAGGCUUAGCUAACCGGACAGCACAGGCAAAUCAGGAUGUAGCACAUUAUUGGAGAGCAGGGAUGGGUUUAGGGAGCCAGAAGAAGCAUGCAGUUUCUAAGUUACUUGGAGGGUAUUGUAAGGCCAGCGAGGGUGUUAUAUGGAGUCACUGGGAUGUCAUAGGGUCUGUUUUCCCAUGGCGGUGGCCAGGGUCAUUGUGGGGUGAGCCCUCACCUCAGCGCCCUCCUGUUGGUGGGUUUAGUUCUAUGCGUCCCCAUUACUCAGCAUCUGCUGACCAUCCUCGGUCCAUCUGCAGACCCCAUCCCCUCUGCUGGAGUCCGUGGCUGCUGUGGCCUACGUCUGGGCCCCAGAGUUCAAGAUCACUGUGAUGCAACCCAUCUCUAAGACAGCCUUCAACAUUCUUGUAAAGGGCUACAUGCUGCUCUCUAUUUUGUUCAGUUUUCUGCUUCUUCCUACUGGGAAUACCUGCCAUCGUGUUCUCCUGCUUGGGGGGUGGGGAUUAACCAUAGUCCUCCCUCUGUGGAACCCCCCAACGCCUGCCCCCUUUCCCCUUCUGCAGGUGCCCUAGGACCCACCCCCUGCCCAGCUCCCGCUCCUUUCUAGUUACUAGCCCCGCCCGUUCUCCAUCCCACUCUCCCUCCACCAACACUCUGAGAGCGAUACAUACGAUGCCUUCUGUGUGAUUGUGUAUGUGUUUGUGUGGUUGGGUUAUGCCCUGUGUACUAACAGCUCCUAUAAAAAUCCUUGCAAGGGAACAACAACAACAACAAAAACUAUCUUCUUUCUUUUUCCAGUUUUAUUGAGGUAAAAUUGACAAAUAAAAUUGUAAGGUAUUUAAAGGGUACAGUGUGAUGAUUUGCUGUGCACAGCAUUAUGAAAGGAUUUCUCCAUUCAUCACCUCACAUAUUUAUUUACAUUUUUUUGUGUGUAUGUGAGAAUAUUUAUGUUCGACUCUCUUACCAAAUUUCAGUUAUACGAUAUAGUAUUAUCAACUAGGGACUAUCUUCUAAUCAGAAAUAAUUGAAACCAGAAGACAAUAGAAUGACAUUUUCAAAGUACUGAAAAAGAGCUGUUCCCCUCUCCUGCUCCUGAUUGGCUGGAAAACCAAGGGGGAGGAGCCUAGGAAUUCAUCCUAGCCAGCUGCUGGUCCAGCCCCAUCAUCAUUUUGCCCUCCUUUCAUGAUUGGCUGACAUCCACAGGGGGUGUGUCCUGGACAGUUUCAACCAUCCCCUCUGUCUUUCUGUAUCAAUUGGCUGACAGGCAUACUGGCUUCCUUUUCUGAUUAGGUUGGUCCAGUCCCACUUCUGUUUUUUUUGAGGGGGAUAAUUAGGUUUAUUUAUUUAUUAAGUUAAUUUAUUUAAUGGAGGUACUGAGGAUUGAACCUAGGGCCUUGCACAUGCUAAGCACACACUCUACCACUGAGCUAUACUUUCCCCCUCCACCCCACCAACCUGUCUUACUUCUUGGUUCUCCUUUUCUAAUAGGCUGGAAGUUGGAAAAAGCUGUGACCAAAGACGUCCCAUCUCCUUACCAACCACCAACCCCCUUCCCAAAUGUUGCCUCCCAGAUUGGACGACUGGAUCAGGAGACCUGUAUCCCUCAUCCCUGGCUUUUGAACCCCAUUCUGAGCUUUGCAUAUGUCUCCAUCCAAGAAUACCUUUUCUAACCUCAAUUUUCUCAAGCUUCCCUGCCAGGGAUGGGGAGUGGGGAGUGGGGAGUUGGCCUGUCCUAAUCAUAAAAUAACAACCCUUGAGAUGUCACAGUUUCUAUAAAAAAUAUGUGUGAUUUUGACCAUGUGUCAACCAUGGCUUCAUUCAGCAAAUAAUGAACUAUCAGCUGUGUACCAGGCUCCGUGCUGGGCACUUGGGGCACUCAGACACACAAGACACUGCUGAACAUGUGCUCCUUCAUGAGGCUUCCUUUUUCUUUGCUUCCUGAUCUCCCUACCCCACCCCCAUGUCCUGAUUCUCACGCCUCUAAGGCUGUGCUUUCAUAUUCUUUGAUAGCGUGUCUCCCAGAGCUGUGCCCUGGCUCUGCCCUCCCCUCCUUGCUCUUCCUCCAACCCUUGCCAGAAGCUGUCUCACUUUCCAUAGCCUCAUUUUAAGUUUCUAUACUAACAACACCCUCAUCUUGGGUCCCAAUGCCAGCCUCUCCCGUAAGCUCCAAGACCCAGUUGUCUCACCACCUCCCGGUCAAAAAGCUUGGCACAUGGUAGAUGCUCAAUAAACGUUCCAGAAAUUAUUGAAUGGAGGAUGGUUUUAAUGUGAGGCCUUUUUGUCAAAUGGGUCCUGGUGUGAUGUGGUGUAUUUUCAGGUCUGUGAGGACUUUCCAGCCAGGCUGCCUGGGUUCAAGUCCUGGCUCUGCUACCGACUAGCUGUGUAUCUCUGGCCAAGUCAUUUAACCUCUCCAUGCCUCAGUUUCUUCAUAGUAAAAUAGGAAUAAGAACAGUACUUUCCUCGUAAGGCUGUUAUGAAGAGGAAACAAGCUCACACAUAGAAGCACUGAAGACAGGGCUGAGUGCAGUAAGUUCUCAGUGAGUGUCAGCUGUCAUCGUGGGCUUCCUGUCAUUGUGUCUAUAUGUGUCUGUCCCUCUGUUUUAGGUUAGGGACAUGUGUCUUUGGUCGACAAAGAACAUCACCCGAAGGCAGGACCAUGUGUCCAUGUCAGUGUUUGUGGCUACAAUGGCUGCUGCAUGCUGUUGAGUGUCCCAAGGACUCUGAGGUUUAUUCACCCAACAAAAGUUUGUGUGCUCGCUAUUUGCUAUUCUAGGCACUAGGGAUACAUCAGUCAGAAAAAAAAAUCCAGGCAAAAAAGUCCUUGCCCUCAUGAAGCUUACAUCCUAUCAGGGAAUUCAGAAAUACACAGGCAGGGGUCGAGGUAGAGCUCGGGGGUAGAGCUCAGCAAUAGAGCGCAUGCUCAGCACGUACACAAUCCUGGGUUCAAUCCCCAGUACCUCCGUUAAAAAAAAUUGAAAAUGCUACACACUUAAAAAAAAAAAAAGAAACACACAAGAAACCCAAUAAAUAAGAAAAAUUGCAUAGGUUAGAAAAUGAGAAGUGCUAUGGAGGGAGAAGUAGAGAAGGUAAUGGAAGGGGAGAGGGUGGGAGGGAGACUGCGGGUUACAGUUUUAAUUGGGUUAGUCAAGAAGGUCUCAGUAGGAAGACAACAGUUGUAUAAAGACCCAACGGAGGGAGAGAGGGGGCCAUGCAUACAUCUCGGGGAAGAGCAUUCCAGGACGAGAAAACAACAAAUGCAAAGGCCAGCAGGUAGGACUUGGGUCCUGCUGUCUGAGGCACAGUAGGGAGGCCAGUGUGGCUGGCACAGACCCAGCACGUGGAGGGAGGAGGAGGUGAGGUGAGGGUGGCGACAGGGCAGCUCCCUAGGGAUUUGGGUCCUAAUGUGAGGACUUGGCUUUUAGCGGAAGCUAAGUGAAGCCCCGGAGAGGGCUCUGAGCCAGAGGGCCCUGAUCAGACUCAGGGAGGGGUUCAUAGGCUCUCUCUGGCUGUGUGUGGGGAGCAGAUUGUGAGGGCGGGGUUGGGAGCAGGGAGAUGAGAAUGAGGCUGCCGUGAGAAACCAGGCAGGAAGGGAUGAAGGUUGAACCAGAGUGAGAGCAGAAAAGGGAGAGACAGUUGGAAUUGGGAUAUGAUUUUAAGAUCCCAGGAGAGGAAGCCUAGCAAAGCCAGCCUGAGGACAGUGGACCUUUCCACAUCUGGACAAAGGUGGAAGAGGAGUCAAACACAGGAGACUUGGCUGCCAGCUUCGCCGGGGGGGGGGCGACUUUGCUCCUCACUUGUGGACCCACUGCCUGCUCUUCCGCCAGCUUGAAGAGGAGGGAGAAACCAGGUCCUUACUUGCAGGGCCUCUAGCUCCAAUCUUCCUAGGGUCUGGAUGUGGGGGUGCUGGUGGGGGAAGGGUGACCUGCCCAGGAAGAGAAGGGCAUUGCUGAGUCCACUAUCUUAUCAGAGAGACCAAACACAUACAGAAAGUCAAGGUCACAAUGAAUUUUUUGACUCAGCAAACACUCCCUGAGGCCAACCUGGGCCAACUCUGGGAUGGGUGAUGCAGAGUACACAGUGGCUGGUGACUGGGACAUCCUGGAUCCUGUCGUCAGGAGUCUGGGGGUGGGAAAUGAAGUGUCACCAAAUAGCGACAGUCCGGAGUGGUCAGGCUUGUGAAGGAGGAAUUACAGGUCAGAGUGGUCAGGGCUGAGACAGGGGUCUGUGGGAGCCCAGGGGACGUACCUGACCCAGCCUGCUGGGUGGUCCAGGAAGAUCUCCUGGAGGAAGGGAUGUCUGCUCUGCAGCCGAGAAGAUGAGGGGUAGUUGAAUGUGGGGAGGAUGUAGUGUGAGUGUUUCAGGCAGAGGUAACUUCAUGGGCCAGGGUCUCCAAAUGAUAAUUUUAACAGACAUCCUCAAGCACAAAAAGGGCAAGUGGCACGUGGGGAGGAGGCAGCACAGCCAGGGGUCUGAUCCCAGCAGGCCUGUAGGAUGCUGAGUCCCUGAGAGUAUGGGUGCUCAUGAUUCUAGGAACUCUUGUACAAAUUCCCCUGAAAACCCACUCGAAUGUUCACCAUCCAGUUAAUCUGUCCUCUGCUCUCUCUUUCACAGGAAAGAAAUUUUCAGUUCUGACCACUCACUUCUCUCUAAAAAGUCUUAGGGAUCCGAAUGCCCCCAGCUCAGAGAAAUCUAGCGCUACUGUGCUAAGUGGGUUGUGUCACGCUUGCAACCUUCUGGAGAAUUACGAGCUGUACCAGGUGGAGCUGGGUCCUGGGCCUGGUGGAGACAUGGCAGCCAAGAUGAGCAAGAAGAAGGCGGGAGGUGGAGGAGGCAAGAGGAAGGAGAAGCUCGAGAACAUGAAGAAGGAGAUGGAGAUUAAUGACCACCAGCUGUCAGUGGCGGAGCUGGAACAGAAAUACCAGACCAGCGCGACCAAGGGCCUGUCUGCCAGCCUGGCCGCGGAGCUGUUGCUGCGAGAUGGGCCCAACGCGCUGAAGCCGCCGCGGGGCACCCCCGAGUACGUCAAGUUUGCGCGGCAGCUGGCAGGCGGUCUGCAGUGCCUCAUGUGGGUGGCUGCAGCCAUCUGCCUCAUUGCCUUCGCCAUCCAGGCCAGCGAGGGUGACCUCACCACGGAUGACAACCUGUACCUGGCACUGGCCCUCAUCGCUGUGGUUGUGGUCACCGGCUGCUUUGGCUACUAUCAGGAGUUUAAGAGCACCAACAUCAUUGCCAGCUUCAAGAACCUCGUGCCCCAGCAAGCCACUGUGAUCCGAGACGGGGACAAGUUCCAGAUCAAUGCCAAUCAGCUCGUGGUGGGCGACCUGGUGGAGAUGAAAGGCGGGGAUCGAGUGCCAGCCGACAUCCGCAUCCUCCAGGCCCAGGGCUGCAAGGUGGACAACUCCUCACUGACCGGAGAGUCUGAGCCGCAGACCCGCUCGCCCGAGUGCACACAUGAGAGCCCCCUGGAGACCCGCAACAUCGCCUUCUUCUCCACCAUGUGCCUUGAGGGCACAGCACAAGGCCUGGUGGUGAACACAGGUGACCGCACCAUCAUCGGGCGCAUCGCAACACUGGCCUCGGGAGUAGAAAAUGAGAAGACACCCAUCGCUAUCGAAAUUGAGCAUUUUGUGGACAUCAUCGCAGGCCUGGCCAUCCUCUUUGGGGGCACAUUUUUUGUGGUGGCCAUGUGCAUCGGCUACACCUUCCUGCGAGCCAUGGUCUUCUUCAUGGCCAUCGUGGUAGCCUACGUGCCUGAGGGGCUGCUGGCCACUGUCACGGUCUGCCUGUCCCUGACAGCCAAGCGGCUAGCCAGCAAGAACUGUGUAGUCAAGAACCUGGAAGCAGUGGAGACCCUGGGCUCCACGUCAGUGAUCUGUUCUGACAAGACGGGGACCCUUACUCAGAACCGCAUGACUGUGUCCCAUCUGUGGUUCGACAACCACAUCCACUCCGCAGACACCACGGAAGACCAGUCAGGGCAGACGUUUGAUCAGUCCUCGGAGACGUGGCGGGCACUGUGCCGCGUGCUCACCCUAUGCAACCGCGCUGCCUUCAAGUCCGGCCAGGACGCAGUGCCCGUGCCCAAGCGCAUCGUGAUAGGAGACGCGUCCGAGACUGCGCUGCUCAAGUUCUCGGAGCUGACGCUGGGCAACUCCAUGGGCUACCGCGAGCGCUUCCCCAAAGUCUGCGAGAUCCCUUUCAACUCCACCAACAAGUUCCAGCUGUCCAUCCACACACUGGAGGACCCACGCGACCCGAGGCACGUGCUUGUGAUGAAGGGCGCCCCUGAGCGCGUGCUGGAGCGCUGUAGCUCCAUCCUCAUCAAGGGCCAGGAGCUGCCACUGGAUGAGCAAUGGCGCGAGGCCUUCCAGACUGCCUACCUCAGCCUGGGAGGCCUGGGUGAACGCGUCCUGGGCUUCUGUCAGCUCUACAUGAAUGAGAAGGACUACCCGCAUGGCUAUGCCUUCGACGUGGAGGCCAUGAACUUUCCAACCAGUGGCCUGUGCUUUGCGGGACUCGUAUCCAUGAUAGAUCCACCUCGGGCCACCGUCCCUGAUGCUGUGCUCAAGUGCCGCACAGCAGGCAUCCGGGUGAUCAUGGUGACGGGCGACCACCCCAUCACAGCCAAGGCCAUUGCAGCCAGCGUGGGCAUCAUCUCAGAAGGCAGUGAGACGGUGGAGGACAUCGCUGCUCGCCUCCGUGUGCCUGUGGACCAGGUUAAUCGGAAGGAUGCCCGUGCCUGUGUGAUCAAUGGCAUGCAGCUGAAGGACAUGGACCCAUCAGAGCUGGUAGAAGCACUGCGUACCCACCCUGAGAUGGUGUUUGCUCGUACCAGUCCCCAGCAGAAGCUGGUGAUUGUGGAGAGCUGCCAGCGACUGGGUGCAAUUGUGGCUGUGACGGGAGAUGGUGUGAAUGACUCCCCAGCCCUGAAGAAGGCAGACAUCGGUGUGGCCAUGGGCAUUGCUGGCUCAGACGCUGCCAAAAAUGCAGCCGACAUGAUCCUGCUGGAUGACAACUUUGCCUCCAUUGUGACAGGCGUGGAGCAGGGCCGGCUGAUCUUUGACAACCUGAAAAAGUCCAUUGCCUACACAUUGACCAAGAACAUCCCUGAACUGACACCGUACCUCAUUUACAUCACUGUCAGCGUGCCCCUGCCCCUCGGGUGCAUCACCAUCCUCUUCAUAGAACUCUGUACCGACAUCUUCCCGUCUGUGUCCCUGGCAUAUGAGAAGGCCGAGAGUGACAUCAUGCACCUGCGUCCACGGAACCCGAAGCGUGACCGAUUGGUCAACGAGCCCCUGGCUGCCUACUCCUACUUCCAGAUCGGUGCCAUCCAGUCAUUUGCCGGCUUCACUGACUACUUCACGGCCAUGGCCCAGGAGGGCUGGUUCCCAUUGCUGUGUGUGGGGCUGCGGCCACAGUGGGAGGACCACCACCUACAAGAUCUGCAGGACAGCUAUGGCCAGGAGUGGACGUUCCGGCAGCGCCUGUACCAGCAGUAUACCUGCUACACCGUGUUCUUCAUCAGCAUCGAGAUGUGCCAGAUUGCCGACGUCCUUAUCCGCAAGACACGCCGCCUCUCUGCCUUCCAGCAGGGCUUCUUCAGGAACAGGAUCCUGGUUAUUGCCAUCGUGUUCCAGGUCUGCAUUGGCUGCUUCCUAUGCUACUGCCCCGGAAUGCCCAACAUCUUCAACUUCAUGCCCAUUCGGUACCAGUGGUGGCUGGUCCCCAUGCCCUAUGGCAUCCUAAUCUUCGUCUAUGAUGAGAUUCGGAAACUUGGAGUCCGCUGUUGCCCAGGGAGCUGGUGGGACCAGGAACUCUAUUAUUAGAGGGACCGCUGCCUCCAAGCCAUCUUUGCACACA